AUGGCAGAGCAGAGUCUCAACACCGAGGAGCGCAUGGUCGCUGUGAUGUUUUUUGGCAACCCUGGCAGCGGAGAGAGUACUCUUCUCCCGCAGGCAGCUCGUGACUUUUCCUCUGGAGUCGAGUUCUUGGAGAGCGACUCUGAGGGGACCACCAUGGCCAGGAUCACUCUGAAUGGAAAACCUGCGGUGCUAAUCGACAUCCCAGGUCUAUUCAAGUCCGAUGGAGGCUGGUCUGAGAAGGAUGCUAAUGCGCUCAUGAAGGCCCUGAAGAAAGGGUAUGACUACAAGGUCAGUUUCUUCGCUCAAGCCUGUGACGAAGGCUUGAGAGCUGAGGAUCUAGUUUCGAUGUCCAAGAUAGAAAUGUGCAUUAGGCAAGCUGGUGCUGAUGGAGCCAAGACCGAGUUUAGGGUUAUAGUCGACCAAAUUGAGGAUGACAGGAUGUACAGGAUGUACGAAGAGAACUUUGUGAGGGAUAAUUUCAGGUCCUUCUUCGCGUCGAUGAAGACCAAGGGGGUUUGUUCUGAGAUCAAGGUCGACGGCGUAUUGUUGGUGCGGGUCUGA